AUGCAGGAGACUGUGGGGGAUGAUGAGAAGGUGAAUGAUGGGAAUGAUGGGAAGAAAGACGAUGUAAAGGAGGACGAUGAGAAGGUGGAGGAUGAACAAAAAGAUGACGGUGAGAAGGUGGAGGACGAACAGAAGGUGGAGAACGAUGAGAAGGUGGAUGAUGAUGAGAAGAUGGAUGAGGCUAAGGUGGAGGACGGUGAGAAGGUGGAGGAUGAACGAAAAGAGAACGAUGCGAAGGUGGAGGACGUAAAGAUGGAGGAUGAGGCUAAAGUGGAGGACGGUGAGAAGCUGGAUGGUGUGGCUAAGGUGGAUGAUGUGGAGGUUGAUCUGAAACUGAAGGUGAAGGAUUUGAAAGUGAAGGUGAAGGAUGAGAAGAGUGUGGAUGUGAAGGCACAGACAAAUGAGGAAAUUAUGGGAGGAGAUGACAAUGAUGACAAUGAUGAUUUCCAGUUAUACAAUACUCCUCCUAAAGGAAAAUAUGGGAGGAGAGUGAGGAAGCCGAAAAAAGAUGAAUCGUACAUCAACCCUUCCUUGUCAAAAAUGCCCAAGACAAAGGAUCCAAUGAAAGUGAAUCACCUUCAAAAAUUUGAAGAUGAGCUGCUGGAUAAAGUAAAGGCGUGGUUGGUUGAUCCAGAAACCGACAAUUUGACAACGGAUGUACAUACUUGCCAAGCAAAGAAGGAUGUGUUUGUUAGAGUUUUAACAAGGUUGACAUGGCUUGAAGACACUGAAAUCGAUGCAUUCUGCCAUCUUUUGCGGAAAAGGAUUUCCUACUAUCCCAAGACAUAUAAAAAUUCACAUGUGGCAAUUGGGGAUUGCUUAUUGGCGGACAGAAUUAGGCGAGAGCACAUGACUUUUAUUAAGGAUCCUGCUAACUAUCCAGUCGCCGAAUUCAAAGACUAUUACAUGGCAUCACCACAUAGAUAUAUGCCAGAAUGGUCAACAAUUGACGAUGUCUACAUGCCUGUGAACAUUAACAACAAACACUGGAUUUUGUGUGUAGCACGUCUUCAAAAGUACCGCAUUGACGUGUACGUCUAUGAUGCCUAUCUUUAUAAGAAUCUGGAUCCUUAUUUGAAACCCUUCUGCGACAUGAUUCCACAUAUAUUCGCAAAGACAAUCACUCCUGGUGAGAUGGUAAGGUAUCCUAAAUUCAACUUCGAAGGCCCCAUCCAACCAAUGACUUACAAACGGUUACCACACCCCAAAGUGAAAACCGCUGCAGCUAAGGUUGGAGAAGUCCCACGGGCAACAGAGAGCGGGGACUGUGGGGUCUUCACGCUAAUGUACAUGGAACACUUGACCGCUAAUCAAGCCGUGCACAAUGUGACCUCAGAAAACAUGGAGUUUUUUAGGCAGAAGAUGGCGGUCAGGUUAUUCCAUCAGAUUAUCGAACCUUAG